AUGUCUACAAAACAAAAGUCAUGGACCAACAACAAAAAUAAAUCAUCAUUAUCAAAAGUUAGACCGUCUAGUGAAAUUAUAGCUGCAAAAAGAAAGGCUGCUGCUGAACAAAAGUUGAAACUUCUGCAGACAAAGGUACCAGACAUUAAUUUUAUUUACGAUAUUUAUCAAAGUGCAAUGGAUUCACGUCUGCUGACUCGGGGAGAGACGGGGUUAGUUUAUGAUGAUUCGAUGGCAGAACAUCAAUGCCUCUGGGACAAAAACUACCCGGAGUGUCCUCAAAGAUUAACUAGAACGCUAGAGCGAUGCAAAGAACUCGGGUUGAUUGAUAGGUGCAAGAAGAUCAGCCCGAGGUUGGCGACAAAUAAGGAGUUAUUGCUGAAACAUAGUCGCAAGCAGAUAGAUAUUCUGAAGGCGACUGAUGGGUGUACUGAUCUCACUAAGCUCGAGGAUUUAUCUUCGAAAUAUGACGCUAUUUAUGUUCACCCAUCAACUUAUAAAUUGUCGAAAUUGGCCGCUGGAUCGACAAUUAAUUUAUUACAAGCUAUUUCCAUUGCAGUUGAGUCAAUGCUGAGUGAAGGCUUAGCCAAGAAAGUGCUAAUUGUCGACUGGGACGUCCACCAUGGACAAGCGACCCAGCAAAUGUUUUAUGACGAUCCCCGCGUCGUCUAUUUCUCGAUCCACCGCUACGAGCAGGGUGAAUUCUGGCCUAAUUUAAGAGAAUCUGAUUACCAUUACGUCGGUGAAGGCAAAGGUAUCGGAUAUAAUUUCAACAUACCCCUCAACAAAACUGGUAUGACGAACGCAGAUUAUCUAGCAAUCUUCCAGCAAGUUCUACUGCCUAUGGCAUACGAGUUUCAACCAGAUCUCAUAGUAAUUUCAGCAGCCAGCGGAAAAGUAGCUGUGAUUCUAGAAGGCGGAUAUUGCUUAGAGUCUCUUUCAGAAUCAGCGGCUCUAACUUUAAGGGCUCUUUUAGGCGACCCGUGUCCAAUGAUAUCAACAACCCUCGAUCUACCUUCAGCAAGUAUCCGAGAGACAAUUUUGAAUGUUAUUUACGCACAAAAGCCUUACUGGAGCUGCUACGAGUUCCAAGACAUUUACAGUAUCCACUCAGAAGAUACCAAAGAAUGCGACCGUCACCUUCCAGAGAUAGUUUUCAAAGGGAAUGAAACUAAACUGACUGUCUACGAAACGCGAAAUUGUUACCCAAUACAAAGUGAAAUUUUUCUGAAUGACAUUCGCAACCAAUUACUUUCCCUUCAAUUGACUACCAAGUUAAACAAAGCUCCUCACCGAGUGUCCUUGGUCUACGACGAGCGUAUGCUGAAGCACUGUCACCCUACUGACAUGAGGCAUCCCGAAAUUCCUCAAAGAAUCUCUGGAAUAUUUUCCAAGCACGAAGAGUACGACUUGCUCAAGCGGUGUCACAGAAUUCCCGGUCGGAUUGCCACAGAGGAAGAGCUUCUGCUAGUGCACACUGAAAGCUACGUAGAAAGUAUGAAGACGACUGAAAAAAAGAAAAUGUCUGAAGUUCACAAAGAGUCACGGAACUUUGAGUCCGUUUACCUCCAUACCGAGACAUGGUCCAGCGCUAGCGUGGCAGCAGGUUCGGUUCUCCAGGUGGUUGACAGUGUUCUCAACGGAGAAAGCCAGUCAGGAGUCGCGAUAGUUCGUCCUCCAGGACAUCAUGCCGAGCGAGACGCAGCUUGUGGCUUCUGUAUCUUCAACAACGUCUCCAUUGCUGCGCGUUACGCUACUGAGUUUCACGGAUGCAAGCGCGUGUUAAUCCUUGACUGGGAUAUCCAUCACGGCAACGGGACUCAAGCGAUAUUUGAAGAAGAUCCUCAAGUUCUCUACAUCUCAAUUCACAGGUACGACAAUGGCUCUUUUUUUCCUUCCUCAGAACAAGCUAACUACAACAUCGUCGGGAGCGGAAAAGGCGAAGGCUUCAACGUAAACAUUCCCUGGAACCGCAAGAAAAUGGGUGACACUGAGUACAUUGCUGCCUUUCAACAGAUAAUUAUGCCAAUUGCUUAUCAGUUCAACCCGGAAUUAAUUUUAGUCUCUGCUGGGUUUGACGCGUGUGUUGGAGAUCCUCUUGGUGGCUACAGCGUUUCUCCAGUAGCUUAUGGACAUUUCACUCACUGGUUGUCAUCGCUGGCUAAUGGGCGGCUGAUUUUGGUCCUAGAAGGCGGGUACAAUGUCAACUCAAUCUCUUACGCUAUGACCAUGUGUACUAAAGCUCUUCUUGGAGAUCCUCUGGCUCCUAUCACUCGCAGCACUGCUGCUUUGUCUACUUCUGCUAUUACUAGUAUUAAAAAUGUUUUAAAAACUCAUAAACCAUACUGGUCAAAUUUAGUUUAUCAAGCUGCGUUGCCGAAAGAAAAUGUCAUUCCUCAACCAGUGAGUCUUAAGUUUGACAUGAGUCCAGGAGUAGAGUCCAAAAUUCUGCAAGAAGAAUGGCAAACUGAGAAAAAUGGAAUCCAUCAGCUGUCUAAAGAAAUGGGUGGGUUGAAUGUCAACCAAAGUGAACAGGGCAAGCAGUGUUCUGAUUCUCAAGAACAAAAAUCGGGAAAGGUUGAGGAACAACCUGGAUGUAGCUCUAGCCAAAGCAAGCCUGGAUCUUCGAGAGUCAAUCCAACUGAUUCGGGGAAUCCCCAUGAAGAUAAACCGCUGAUGGACAGUAUGAUGUUUGCAAUAAUUCCUUUAAGUUAUUGUCCUCACUUGGAAUUGAUAGCUGAGGUUCCUGCAGAAGGUAUUGAUGUAAAAGCUCCCUGCAAAGAGUGCAAUAGUACAGCCGAAAAUUGGAUCUGUCUUCACUGCUACGGGGUUAAUUGCGCGAGAGCUGUUAAUCAACAUGCUAUUCUUCACGGGCAGGAUGAAGGACACCCUUUGACUCUCAGCUUCACUGAUCUUUCUGUCUGGUGUUAUGGAUGCGAAGCCUACGUUGAUAAUCCGCGACUUCACGCUGCUAAAAGCGCCGCUUACCUCAGUAAAUUUAACGAAGAACUUCCUUGGACUUACGAUGAGCCUCGUAUUGAAAUGUGA